UCGAUUCCUAAUCCAAAGAACGGGAAACGAGACCAUAUCCUCUCUCCCACCCUUGGCACUCCCUCCCUCUCGCGGGAGCUCGAACCUCACCACCAUGGCUCUCGUGCUCACCUGCGCCCAAGCUCCCCUCCCCACGCUGCGCAAACCACCACGCCUCCUAAUCGCGAGAAUUGCCACCUUUACCAGAGCCAAUGCCCCUCUCUUCGGCUCCGCGCGCGGGUGCGAAGGAGGAGCGGCGCGGCGUCGGGGCUGGGCCCAAAUCUGCCGGGACUCCUCCCUCCAGGAACCGCCGGGCGUCGGUCCCCCGGAGCAGGAGAAAGAGAGCAAGGACGACAUGGCAGCGGCGACCGUCCCCCAGAUCGGAGGUGGCGGCGGCGGGCGGCUUAGCGACUGGACGACGUCGGUGCUGCUCUUCGGGUUCUGGGCGGGGAUUAUUUACUACGUCUUCCAGCUCGCGCCCAACCAGACGCCGUACAGAGACACAUACUUCUUGCAAAAGCUUCUUUCUCUUAAAGGUGAUGAUGGCUUCCGAAUGAAUGGAGUUCUUGUGUCUCUAUGGUACAUAAUGGGACUCUGGCCACUAGUGUACAGCAUGUUGCUUCUUCCUACUGGCAGAAGGCACAACAUUCACAGACCAACACAAGCGUGCUGGGCUCAUGGAUCACAGUUCAGUCUUUCAGUGAAUCGCAUCCAAUACAAUUAUUCACAAAGCAAGAUUCCUGUCUGGCCAUUUCUGGUUCUUUCAUGCUUUGGAGGAGCAUAUGCUUUGAUUCCUUACUUUGUUCUAUGGAAACCUCCUCCACCUGCCAUCGAUGAAGACGAAAUUGGACAAUGGCCAUUAAAAUUUCUUGAAUCAAAAUUAACAGCAGGAGUAAUGUUUGCUGUGGGCCUUGGACUGAUUAUAUAUGCAGGCAAAGCUGGUGGUGAUGAUUGGCGCGAAUUCUUUCAGUACUUUAGAGAGAGCAAGUUUAUCCAUGCCACAUGCCUUGAUUUUUGUUUGCUCUCGACCUUCUCACCAUUCUGGGUCUACAAUGACAUGACAGCAAGGCGAUGGAAAAAUGGUUCCUGGGUUCUUCCGCUAGCACUUAUCCCAUUUCUGGGACCCUCAUUGUAUCUUCUGCUGCGUCCAUCUCUCUCUUCUCUACUGGGAGCAAGUGCUGCAUCAUCUGAUAAACCACAGAAAUAACUGGAAUCUAGCUAAGGACUAAUUUUGGCCAUGAGCAAACGAUAUAGAUAAGAAGACCGGUUAAGAACUGAUCCUGGAAAUCGCAUGCACCAGUUUGAUCAGGAAAAUUUCGCAGAGUUGGCCUUUAAGUACGGAGUUCGACUUGAAAAGGAUUUCUGGGGAAUGACACUGCAUCGAUUCAGCAUGUGAACACCACAAAAUGUUUUCAACAAUUAAGUCAGAUAAUUAGCAGCAUUUAUAAACAAAAAAAUAUAAGGAUAUUAUGCUGUGAUAUUCUGUCUCUGUAUAAACAAUUUUGAUCUUUGUAAAUAAUAUAGGUUACCAUUCGUGGUUAUGACCAAAGGAAGUGCUAAUAGAAAGGCCUUUCCGGAGCAACUGCACAGCAGGGGUUUAAUGUUCUCUACUUUAGUUUGUAUUAUACAAAGUUAACAAUAGUAAUGCCAAAUUACUAAGAUGGAUGUA